GAAGCAGCACUAAUUAUGUUAAAUAAAAUUAAUUGUGUCUCAAAUUCCUCAGCAGAAUGCAGUAGGAUGUGAUUGUCCAUAUUAAAAGAGGACAUCGAUAGAAAGAAAUAUCAUGAUUGGUUUAGCAAUAUUGGAAGCUAAUAAGUGUAAAACAUGGUAACACAGACUGUAACAAAGAUUGUUGGCAAAUCUGAGGAAACACAAACAGAAAAAACAUGGUAUCAAGUUGUAGUUGUUUCUACAAUUUCCUUGGUGUCAUUAAACUGCGGAAUCUCCUUUGCAUGGCCAUCACCAUUCCUAAUCAAACUUGUAAACGAUAAGGAAAACUACAAUAUAUCUGAAGAAGAAGGUUCCUAUUUCUCUGUGAUAAGCAUUGUAGCAGUCGUAAUCCUACCAGUAUUCUUGUCGUUGAUAGUCAAUCAGAUUGGAAGAAAACGCUUGCUACUGUUAACAGCAUUUCCUUAUGUUACUGCGUAUGUUCUUGCAGCUUUCUCUAGAAAUAUCUGGCUAUUUUAUUUAGCCAGAUUGAUCACUGGAAUUGGUGAUUGUAUUGCAUAUACUUGCCUGGUAGUUUUUAUUGCUGAAAUAUCUAGUCCACAAGUAAGAGGUACCUGGGGCAACGCAAUCGUUUGGUCAGGCUUUUUAGGCCAAUUCAUCAUCAAUGUCUUAGGCUUAUAUUGUAGCGUGAUGGUCGCUUCUCUCGUUUGUGCAGUAUUUCCAGUAAUAUUCUUAUUUAUUUUUGUAUUUAUGCCAGAAAGUCCCUAUUUUUAUUUAAAUAAAGGACAAGAUGAAGAAGCCAAAGUUAGUUUAAGAAGACUUAAACGUAAAAAUAAUGUAGAAGAAGAGUUCUCAAGAUUAAAAGAAGUUAUGGAAAAGGAGUUGAAGGAAUCUGGUUCUUGGUCAGACUUGGUAACAAAUAAAACAAACAGAAGAGCUUUAUUUGCUGCAAUUUUUCUACGAGUCAGUCAAAUAUUCUCAGGUAUAUUCACUCUUGGCCCCUACAUACAAUUUAUAUUUUUAAAAUCUGGUACUAACAUUAGCAUGGAGCUAUCUACAAUAUUAUUUACGUUUAUUAAUUUUGUCUUAUAUUCUGCUGCUUCAUAUGGAUCAAACAAACUGGGCAGAAGAGUGUCUCUUAUUUCAUCGUUACUGGGUACAUCUAUCAUCUUUUUGUUGGAAGCUGCAUAUUUUUUUGUUGAUACGUUUUAUCUUGAUAUCAACCUGAAACCUAUUCAGUGGUUUCCUUUAGUGGGUCUCAUACUGUUUUUGGUAGUUUCGUCGUACGGAAUAGGUACUGUUCCCUUCCUGAUGCCUGGGGAGUUAUUUGCUCCCAAUAUCAAAGCCCAAGGAAUAUCUGUAGUCAUUUCGGCUUUUGGAUUAUCAAAUCUGAUCAUGAAUACAUUAUUUUACAGUUUAAACAAUGUGACAGGACUUGGGGGGCCAUUUUUAGUGUUUGGACUUUGUAACAUUAUUUCAGCUGUUGUGGUAUACAAAUUUAUACCAGAAACAAAGAAUAAGACUUUGGAAGAAAUUCAAAUCAUAUUGAGUAAAAUGUAAUUUAUUUUAAUAAAACUUUUGUAUAUAUUAAAAUUAAAAUAUAAAAUAAAAUAUUUAUAGAAAAAAUA